GUCAAUUUGUUUGGGUAUGUUUGGGUGAACCAUGUUAAUUUGAUGGAACAGUGAGGUCCCAGUGACUCUUGCGUGCUUUAAAAUGAUAAUCACCAAAAAUGCCUCAAGGAAAAUUUGACAAGUUUUGACCAAUUCAUUGGUCUUGGUGUUCUCAUAGACCAGCUGGUGUGAGCAAGUGUGUUUGGUUUCUGGCAGGCACCUUUUGCCUUUUUGUCCCAUGUAAGAGGCAGGCUCAGUCAACAUUUCUGCCUGCUUGUAACUUGGAAUGUAGCUUUUGCACAUUGCAGCUUGGCACUGCACAUCCCUAAUAAUAAGAGGAACUGCAGGGUGGGGCCUAUUCUCCACUUCAGUUUGGGGCAUCGCACCGAGCAGAGUGCCUGUCACGCCGCCGCUGGCAUGACUCUCGAGCAACAAGUCGUCCCGGCCGCAGCUUUCGAGAGUGCGUCGCUGAGCCUUCAUCCCUUGAAGAUGGUGAAGGGAAAGAGCAAAGGCAGCAAAGGCGGCAGUAGCUAUGGAGGCUACAAGGUCCGAACCAGCUUUGUCAAGACGAAGCCUGUGGCGUGGACGGAGCCCUCGAAGGGCUCGCGCAAGGGAGGGACGAAGGGCAAAGGCGGCAAGGGAGGCGGAGGCAAGUGGAUUUGGGUCGAGACGGAGGCGCCAGCUCGGCGCCCCAUGAGCAAAGGCGGCAAGAAAGGCGGGAAGGCCACGGGUAAGGGCAAAGGCGGCAAGGGCAAGGGCAAGGGUAAAGGCAAGAGAAGAGCUCCUGCUCUCACCAGCGAGUUUUGGACCAAGAAGGUUGAGGAGGAGAGUCGAAAAGAGUUGGGCGAGACAGCCUAUCCUGGCGUCAUCCAGCGCUAUAACGUGCGGCAAGGAUGGGGCCUCAUUCGGCCUGACAAUCUCGCAGGUUUGCCCGGACAAGUGAAGAAGAAGAUCCAAGAAGCAGAAACCAAGGUGGAGGAGAGUGGCAAAGAGGUGACGGAGAAGGGCCUCCUGUACUUCCGGAAGCCGGAUGUGAAUCACACGGAUGGCUUCAAACUCACCAGCGACGUCCCAGUGACCUUCCGUAUUUACGUGGACGACAAAGGCGCCGGUGCCAUGGACGUCUCUAUGGCCUGAGGGCUGGCCACACGGGCCAAGGGGCCAACAAGAGCUAUCAGCAUCCGGACAAAAAGGCGUCACGUGCCAGACUGGACCGGACGUGGUUGUAGAUGUUUAUGCAGGAGCAAGGGAUACACUGGGCAGAAGCGGAGGAGGAGGUGCUGUGUACAUGAAAUCAAUCCACCUGUCGGCCUUGAACUCUUCGACUUCAAAAACUUCAAUCAGAAUCGUAACCUGGGCAACAAGAAAGGGUUUUUAGCAUCGGGGAGUGGACAUGUCCGACUCGGCCGUUGAGGAGGCCAGGCCAGCUGCAAAGCAAAACAGCGGGCACUUGAAUGGGACGGAGAUGUGUUCAUUUCAAUGAAAUGUAGAUCAUUGUGGAUC